AUGAGUAUUGGGCACGACACUGCACCUCAAUCUACAACAUCCCGCAGAAAUCGUUGGGAUCCGUUGUCAGAUAGUGAAAGACACAAAUUUGGUGUUCAAAGUACUCCACCACUUUCACUUCGUCAAUUUAUUCGGUCAACCAUCACCGUUAUCCCAGAUGGUAAACACUGGAAACCGACUGGAAUUCACCAUGCGCCUGUUGUUCACGAAGAACAGUUACCAAAUCAUCUGCCUGAAAUCGUUGUAAAACCACAGAAGAACUCACGACCCCCUUGGUGUCCAUCUGGUCCUAUCAAAUAUAAACGACCUAAAUCACCAACUGCCGAGAACAAACGACAAAAGUCUGAAGACGUUACAAAUGAUUCUCAAUCAAAUACGAAUUCAAAUCUGCACCCCAAAGCUACUCGAAAAUUAGUGAAACCGUGGAAUCCUUCUGGCAAUUCAUAUUACAAACCAGUAGCAUACUUUGAUCCGCCAAGUUUAAGAUGGUCAUCUCAACAAAUUAAACAAUCAAUGCCCGAAUUCAAACCAACAAUAAAGAAUUCACCUACGAAUCCAAAAUGA